AUGAGACUGUGGGUGUGUUUGUUGCUGACUUGUGCGUCAGUGUGGGGGUUCCCGGAGAGACGAUCAAUCGACAAGCAGCCAGACUUGCCGCAGCUGGCUCAGCAGCUGCAAGGCAAGAAAGACAAUAGAGUAAGGGAAGCUCCGAGGGACUGUAAGGGGAAGUGUGCCUCGAGUAUAGCUCAGAAGGCAGCUGCUGAAGCGAAGGCAGCACAAGCGGCACAGAACGCCGCGGGAGCUCAGGCGGCUCACAUGGUUAAAACUCAAUUAGCGGAGAAGGCACUACAAGCAGCUAAGGCAGCCGAGGCAGCGCUCGCUGGCAAACAGGCUGUCGUGGAACAACUACAACAGGAGGUGAAGGAGGCAGAGGCUGUUGUAGCUGAGAACACAGCUGCGGUACACCAACAACAAGGAACUGUAAACGCUGCUGUGCAAGCUGCACAGCAAGCCACUGCUCAGCAUAAACUUAUGGUACAAGCCACACAACUAGCGGCACAACUGGAAAAGUCAGCGCACUGCGUUUUAGAGAAGACGAAAUUCGGACUACAAGAGAAAUGUCAUAACCUAUCGGAAGCGAGAGCAAGACUAGCACACUUGCAACACAAGCUACAAUGCGCCUGCGCUGAGUGCGCGGCGACGAAGCAAGCCGCGCAUUGCGCGUGCGAGGCGGCGCGGGCGGCUUGCGGCAAUGCGCGGAGGAAGAAACACGUCAUGAACCAGAUUGCUGUGGCGCCAAAAGACAGCAAGCGAGGACGAUGA